CCGGGAUGUGCACCCAUGGUCGGACUCCAGCAUGCUGUUUGGACCAGGCUCCUCCAGGUGAGAUGUGGGCUGACGGGCCGCCAUGUUCACCGAGUGGACCGAAAAGUUCCACGGUUGCCAUGGUUCGUCUCCAGGUGCAUCAUCCACUGCAGAUUGUGUUCGCAUCUCAACCCUUGUUCAAGACCCAGUGUCACUGACAAGAGGACUUUGUCAAGAAAAAAACAGUCAUCAACAGAGAGCAGAGAAAGCCCUGCAGACAGACGCUUGUCCUCCAGAAAAGAUGGCGCAGCGUACGGUGAGGAAGGCUAUCCUCAUCGAGGCCCUGCCCAUCAGACCACAGGACGUCCGCCUCAGGGUCCCAGCACCAGCCUCCCGCAGCAGCUGCCCAAAAAGGUCAGAUCGCUCCUCUCGUAGCUCUGCUUCUGGCGCUACCGCUCGCUCCUCCU